CGUGGGUACGUUUGAUUUCGUCAAAUGUGAACAAAAGCACAAAUGUAAUCAGAAAUUAAAUGCAAGCAGUCAUUAUGCCUCGAGUUUCCAUAAGACGUGCUUAUAUAACUGUUUUUAUUUUGUUUCUUAUCAAUCUUCUCAAUUACAUGGACCGCUUCACAGUGGCAGGGGUCCUUCAACAAAUCCAAGAUUAUUUCCAUAUUGAUCACAGUAAAGCUGGUUUACUCCAAACAGUAUUCAUUGUAUUUUACAUGAUCUUUGCACCCAUCUGUGGUUAUUUUGGGGACAGAUAUAAUAGAAAAGUGAUCAUGUUAAUAGGCCUCACAAUAUGGUCUUGCACCACUUUUCUUAGUACUUUUGUUACCAGAAAACAAUAUUGGGCUUUUUUCUUUUGUCGUGGUCUUGUUGGCAUUGGUGAAGCAAGUUAUUCCACUGUAUCAUCGACAAUCAUUGCUGAUCUGUUUGUUGGUGACAAACGAACUCAUAUGCUUGCUUUGUUUUACUUUGCAAUUCCUGUGGGAAGUGGUUUGGGUUAUGUUGUUGGAUCCAAAGUAUCUACGGCAUUUGGAGCAUGGCAGUGGGGUCUUAGAGUUACGCCAAUCCUUGGUGUUGUACUUAUUCUUGUGGCACUUGUGUUUGUUGUGGAACCAGAACGUGGGCAAAUUGAGAGAAGCCAAGUAGAUGUAGUUGCUCAAGAUGUUAUGGUCCAGCAUUCAUGGUUUGAUGACAUGAAACAUAUUUUACGAUGGUAUCAAGACAUAUAUCUGAGUACAGUUGGCUUUACGUUAAUGAGUUUUGUAACAGGUGCGAUGGCUUGGUGGGCACCUGUAUUUGUAGGUUAUUCACAGUCAGUAUAUUAUAACAAAGAAAUAACAGAAAAUGACAAGAACAUCAGUCUAGUCUUUGGAGGGAUUACAUGUGCUGCUGGCUUCAUUGGAGUUGCUAUUGGUGCUGAGUUGUCACCGAUACGAAGUCAAUACCCAAACUCUGAUGCACUAGUGUGUGCAUUUGGUCUUCUCUCUAGCAUUCCAUUCUUAUUUUUCAACUUAAUACUGGCAUCAAAAUAUAUAUAUCUUUCUUAUGUACUGCUAUUUUUUGGAGAAACGUUGCUUUUUCUCACAUGGUGUCCUGUUGCUGACAUUUUGCUAGCUGUCAUUCCUGCUCCAUAUCGGACAGCUAAUGCAUCACAGAUGUUAGUUUCCCAUCUCUUAGGUGAUGCUGGAAGUCCAUAUAUUGUUGGUUUGGUGAGUAUCCAAAGUUACAAGACAAUUGGGUUAUGAUUAGCAUUGCUAGAGAUACAUCAGUGGAUGCUCUAUGCAUUCUUCUUAAUGCCUUUUGUUACUUGUUUAGGGGAGCAUGUUUUCUUAUUGCUUCAGUUUAUUUGAUUAAAGACAGAGCUGCAGUACAGGCAGUUGUUACUGGUCUUACUGAAGAAAAUAGAACUCUACUUUCUCAAGAUGAUGAUGACUCCCUUGAAAAUAAUAAAGAUGAGGGCAAUGUAAACAUUGUAAAGCGACUUUAAUGAUGAUGCCCUAAAUGAUGAUGCCAUAAAUCAUGGUGUCGUAAAUGCUGUAAAUGAUGAUGUUGAAAAUGAUGAUGUCAUCAAUGGUGAUGUCAUAAAACAAGGUCACACACUUCCACAACACUCAAUUAAAGUUUGAGUGUGUUUAUUUGGCCAUUCAUACUGAUACAUUCAACUGAUUCAAUGGUAAACUUCAAAGUCUUAUUUAGUUUGAUUCUUAAUAAUCAUUUGAACAUACAGUGUGAGUACCAAUACAUCAGCAAACCUAAAGAAUAUUAGUUUCUUUCCUGAUGUGAAAAAUUUGUACAAAAUUUACACAGUUUUAAUUAUGUUAUAAUAAAGAUUUACCCAAG